AUGAGCUCUCGAAUGGCCGGAGCCACGCUUAUGCGCCACCUGGGCCCCCGCCUCUUCGCCGCCGCCGAGCCGGCGUCCGGCAGCCUUGCCGCCAGUGCCAGGGGCAUCAUGCCCGCCGCCGCGAGGAUCUUCCCCGCCCGCAUGGCCAGCACGGAUACCAAACAAGUCGCCGCUGAGAAGCCCGAGGAAGCGGCGGCGACCACGGAGCAGAGCAACAAGAAGAACGCCGUGGCCAGCUACUGGGGCGUCCAGCCGCGGAAGCUCGUCAGGGAGGACGGCACAGAGUGGCCCUGGUUCUGCUUCACGCCGUGGGACACGUACAGGGCGGACACCUCGAUCGACGUCAAGAAGCACCACGAGCCGCGGACGCUGCCGGACAAGGUGGCCUACUACGCCGUGCGCUCGCUGCGCGUGCCCAUGGACCUCUUCUUCCAGCGCCGGCACUCCAGCCACGCGCUGCUCCUCGAGACGGUCGCCGCCGUGCCGCCCAUGGUGGGCGGCGUGCUGCUGCACCUGCGCUCGCUGCGCCGCUUCGAGCACAGCGGCGGCUGGAUCCGGGCGCUGAUGGAGGAGGCCGAGAACGAGCGCAUGCACCUCAUGACCUUCCUGGAGGUGACGCAGCCGCGCUGGUGGGAGCGCGCGCUCGUCGUCGCCGCCCAGGGCGUCUUCUUCAACGCAUACUUCGUCGGCUACCUCGUCUCCCCCAAGUUCGCGCACAGAUUCGUGGGCUACCUCGAGGAGGAGGCCGUGCACUCGUACACGGAAUACCUCAAGGACCUGGAGGCGGGAAUCGUCGAGAACACGCCGGCGCCCGCCAUCGCCAUCGACUACUGGCGCCUCCCCGCCGACGCCAAGCUCAAGGACGUCGUCACCGUCGUGCGCGCCGACGAGGCGCACCACCGCGACGCCAACCACUACGCAUCGGACAUCCAUUACCAGGGACUGACGCUCAAGGAGACGCCUGCGCCGCUCGGGUUCCACUGA